AUGGCAUUUCGUGGACAUGAUGAAUAUGAAGAUUCAAACAAUCAAGGAAACUUUCUUGAACUGUUGUAUUGGUUGUGUGAUCAUAAUCCUGAGAUUAAGGCCAUUGCUUUGACAAAUGCACCUGAAAAUUUGAAAUUAACAUCACCAAGAGUGCAAAAAGAUAUUGUAAGUGCUACUGCUUCUGAAUGUCUACAUGUGAUUAUUGAAAAUAUUCGUGAUAGUUUCUUCUCAAUUUUAGUUGAUCAAUCUCGAGAUAUUUCUAUGAAAGAGCAAAUGUCAGUUGUCAUUCGUUAUGUGAAGAAUGGGUGUAUAUUGGAACAUUUUAUUGGUGUUAUUCAUGUUUUGAAUACCACAGCUGCCUCACUUAAGGCUGCAAUUGAUCAGUUAUUCUCAACGCAUAGUUUAAGCAUAUCUAAUUUGAGAGGCCAAGGAUAUGAUGGAGCUAGUAACAUGCGAGGUGAGUAUAAUGGCCUCAAAGCACUUAUUUUGAAAGAAAAUCCAAGUGCUUACUAUAUUCAUUGCUUUGCUCAUCAACUUCAAUUAGCUCUUGUAGCUGUGGCACAGAAACAUCCGAAGAUUGAAACUUUCUUCACUACAGUACAUAGAUUGGUGAAUAUUGUUGGAGGAUCAGCUAAACGGAGUGAUCUUAUUCGAGAGAAUCAAAGAUUGAAAAUUCUUGAAUCACUUAGUAUUGGUGAAAUAUCAAGCGGACGAGGUCUCAAUCAAGAAAUUACUCUUCAGCGUCCUGGGGAUACACGUUGGGGCUCUCACUAUAGUUGUUUAAUUAACUUGAUUACCAUGUUUUCAACUAUAGUCGAAGUCAUUGACAUGCUUGCUACUGAUUCUACAAGUACCGGAACAAGAGGUGAUGCAUGCAUUUCAUUGGAGUUGAUGUUAAGAUUUGAAUUUGCAUUUAAUCUAUAUCUCAUGAAAAAGAUUUUAGGGAUUUCAAACGAAUUGUCAAAAGCAUUACAAAGAAAAGAUUAA